AUGACUAGAAACCAUAAUCAUGAUAAUGCAUCAUCAUCAUCUACCAGGAAGAGGAAGAAGAGGAAGAGUUUCAAGACUUUUGACAAGGGUGAUGUGGCACCCUGGUCAUAUGUUAACCAUGAUGUGCUUUUUUUAGUAAUGAUGCAACUGAGAGUUGUUGAUUUUGUUGCAUUCAGUGGAGUUUGCAAGUCAUGGAGGGCAUUUGCACUCUAUAACAAGAAAACGUUUAUGGCGUCCAAACCACCCAUGAGGAUAUUUUUCGAGCACUAUAGUGAUAAUACAAUGUUGUGGUGCCUGAAGGACUUUGAAGGAAGAAAUUUCAGAACCAUUGUUCCCGAUUCUCAGGGUAGGAAGUGUGUUGGAUGUACUUGUGGUUACCUGAUCUUAACGAGAGGUAAAACCCACGACUUCUGGCUAGUGAAUCCUAUCACAAGGCACGAACUUUAUUUCCAUGGUUUCUCCUUAUAUGAAGGUGCUGGUCUUGAAUGUACCGGGGGGCUCCUUGUCUUUUCACCUUCAAUAUCUAGGGGCCUUCUUGUCUUUUCACCUUCAAUAUCCGGUUGGGUGUUUGUUUUGUUACAUGAGAAUGAAUGGUGUGAAGGAAAUAUAUCUUUUUAUAUAGCAGGUAAACGAGGAUGGAAUCAUGUCUACUCUAAUCACCGCAUUCUUGAUAUACAUGUUUUCAAGGGGAAGAUAUAUACCCUAGACGCUGAUUUUUGUGUAUGCGAACUCAAACUCCUUCCAAAUCAGAAGCACAAAUGGACGUUACUUGAAAUCAAGAAUUUUCCAAAGCCUUAUAUGUUUUCACCGGAGUUUGUAAGUUCGAGUGAAAGCCUUUAUGUGAUAGAUCACUAUGCACCACACAAGGUUCUGGAAAUAGAUAUUGGUGAAAUGAAAUGGGUGUCACCAGAAAAGACAAUACAAGAAUAUGCAAUCUUUCUUAGCAAUGGCAGGAUAAGGUCUUCUGCUGCUAUUAAACCCGAGUCAUGGGCUGGCCCUUGGACACAUUACAAGAGCUAUGAUUGCUUUCAUGAUACUGAUAAAGAUCAACUGGACAUUAUCCAUUAUAACACGAUGUGGUACUUCCCCCAUGAUUGUUUGAAUGUUAAUCUCUUAGAUGAGUGA